AUGCGCGCCGAACUCAGGAAGUUAGCUGUGGCACAAGCGCCACCACAGGUGCAUGCAGUGCAGCAAGCCAUAGCCUUAUGUGAUAUCUGCGGAGAGGGUCAUAACAGUGAUGAGUGCCCUGCAAAUUCCGCAUCCAUAUACUUUGUGGGUAAUGCAGGCAAGGGGCAAGGAAACAAAAAUAAGUAUGGAAAUUCCUACAACCCAAAUUGGAGGAACCAUCCAAAUUUUAGGUGGAGUGACAACUCAGGUCAUCAGAAGCAGAACUAUCAGUCAGCACCUGCUCCUCAAGCUCCCACAAACAGUAUGGAAGAGAUGAUGAAAAAGAUGAUGGGUGACAUGCAGAAGAUGAUGAUAGAUCAGCAGAAGUUGAUAGCAGAUAAUCUGAAUCGCGAUUUGGCUGUACGGAAUUUAGAGAGGCAGAUGGGACAGAUAGCUGGUGCUGAAAAUACUAGACCGCCUGGAGGACUUCCAAGUGACACAGAUGUGAAUCCCAAGCCUUGCAAUGCUGUAACUCUGCGAAAUGGGCGAGAGCUAGAGGAAGUAACUGCAAAGAAAGCUGGGAAGGCUGUUGAGGCAUCAGGAUCAAAGCAGCCACAGGCCGUGGUUGCAAAGCCACCGCCUCCAUUCCCUCAAUGUCUGGCAAGACAGAAAGAAGAGGCUACUUAUAAGAAGUUUCUUGAAUUGCUUAAGCAGGUAAACGUGAACGUCCCCUUGGUUGAUAUGCUGCAGGGUAUUCCAAAGUAUGCUAAGUACAUCGAAGAUAUUGUUGCAAAUAAGAGCCGUUUCACAGAGUAUGCCACGGUUGCACUCACUGAGGAGUGCACUUCUCGUAUUCAGAACAGGUUUCCCACAAAAUUGAAGGAUCCCGGAAGUUUCACUAUUGAGAUUUCUAUUGGGACACAGGUUGUUGCUCGAGCACUUUGUGACCUAGGUACAAGUAUAAAUCUGAUGCCUUCGUCUACCUUUCGGAAGCUAGGUUUGGGAGUGCCCAGACCAACCACUAUAGUUCUUCAAUUGGCAGAUAGAUCGUUAGCAAGACCCGAAGGCAUUAUUGAAGAUGUAUUGGUACAAGUGGGGUCGUUGAUAAUUCCUGCUGACUUUGUGAUACUGGAUUUCGAGCCAGACCUGGAGGUCCCAUUUAUUUUGGGGCGUCCGUUCUUGGCCACAGGGAGAGCACUUAUUGAUGUAGCUGCUGGGCAGCUUGCCAUGCGAGUACAUGAUAAAGUAGAGGUCUUCAAUGUAUACCAAGCUUUGAAGAUGCCUGCAAUCUAUGAGGAGCUGUCCGCCAUCACUGUUCUGAAUGAUGAUACCCGAAGACCAUUCAUCACUUCUCAUGAUCCAUUGGAGAGAGCCUUGGUGGAGGAUGAUAUUUUUGGUGACACUAUGGCAUUUGAGAUGGUGCAGAAUCUGGAUAUGGCAAGUAUUUAUAUUCGGAGAGGUGAGUUUGAGCACUUAGACAGGAAAAUGGGGGUAACCCCGAAGUUAUCAAUUGAAAAGCCUCCGAAGUUGGAAUUGAAGCCACUGCCCGCCCAUCGUAAAUAUGCAUUCUUAGGUGAGGAGGAUACUUUACCAGUGAUAUUGGCAGCAGAGUUGACCACUUAA